AUGGAAUUGGAUACGAACAGUGUUUUGGCAGACCAUUCGGAAAAACUAUCAAAAUCACCUGUGCUUUUCAAAGUGCAUACCCUCAUUUCUUCAUAUCCGCGUAAUGUGUAUUCACUUCACAACACUUUUCACCUACUCUCUCUAUCUUAUCUUUCUCUCUCUCUCUCUCUCUCUCUCUCUCUCUCUCUCUCUCCCCAGCUCUAUUUUCCUCUUUUCUCUCUCUCUACAUCCCCAUCGAUCUAUUUAUCUAUCUUAGCUCAUUCACAUUCUCUCUCUGUUCCUCUCCCUCUUUCUCUGUCUCUGUCUCUCUCUCUCUCUUUCUGGGCACUAUAUCUCUCUCUUUCUGUGUGUGUAUAUCUUGUUAUCUAUCUAUCUAUCUAUCUAUCUAUCUAUCUAUCUAUCUAUCUAUCUAUAAAAAGAAUACCCGCUCGGCCCGAGAUACCCACAUUAAAAAGGCCUUGUGCCACAUUCGAUCCCCGUGGGUGGAUUGAUAAAUACCAUCUAUCUAUCUAUCUAUCUAUCUAUCUAUCUAUCUAUCUAAGUCUCUUCAUAUCUAUCUACCUAUCUAUCUAUCUAUCUAAGUCUCUUCAUAUCUAUCUACCUAUCUAUCUAUCUAUCUAUCUAAGUCUCUUCAUAUCUAUCUAUCUAUCUGAAUUUCUUCAUAUCUAUCUCAGUCUCUUCAUAUCUAUCUAUCUCAAUUUCUUCUUAUCUAUCUAUCUCAGUCGCUUCAUAUCUAUCUCAGUCUCUUCAUAUCUAUCCAUCCAUCUAUCUCAAUUUCUUCUUAUCUAUCUAUCUCAGUCUCUUCAUAUCUAUCUAUUUCAAUUUCUUCAUAUCUAUCUAUCUAUCUAUCUAUCUAUCUAUCUAUCUAUCUAUCUAUCUAUCUCAGUCUCUUCAUAUCUAUCUAUCUAUCUAUCUCAAUUUCUUUAUAUCUGUCUGUCUAUCUAUCUGUCUAUCUAUAUAUCUAUCUAUCUUACUUCUCUCUCCCACAAUUGUCUUUCUCUCCUUGUCUUGAGAUUUAAUUUAGCUAUUUAA